AUGAGCGAGCUUGUACUAAAGAAUGUCAUAUUUGCGCCAAAUUACAUCUGCAAUGUCAUCGGCGGAAAUAUCUCACAGGAUGGCUACGUGGCCAGAGUUGGCCCCGGUAGUGUUAAGUGUGAAGGGGAGAUACGCGACAAUAAGGGAUUCCAGGUCGCACACUUCCGAAAUCACAGGAACACCAUGCAGCAGAUCAAAGUCAGAAUAUGGGGCCCUCCAUCGGGUCGAGAGCUAAAGGAGAGAUCGGCAUUCCCCUCACGCAUCAGACUCGACUUACCAUACUUCAAACACGACAUACAGGCCAAGUGGCCAACCGACGAGAGAUGCCGCUUCGAGAGGUUCAGGUCAACUCGUAUCCUUUCUGUUAAUAUUGGGAAAAAGCCCUGGUCGGAGGGAGAGUUACAGUGGCUCAAGAACGAGGGCAUAACUUUCGACGUCGAUGUCGAGAGGGCUAGAAUUCGUCUUGACAAGAAAAACCCCGCGGAUGCUGGGAGUCUCAGAACUCGUAAAAUUGCCACGAUUUUGAGAGGAAAGCACCGCGCGCAGUGGCUGAAGAACCCGUUCUAG